UGGAAAUAGAAACUUGAUAAACUAAAACGGAGCACUUUCAAAGCAUGUCGUACUAAAGUUUCCCAGCUUGUUGGUAUUGCCUUUUUAUUUCAUUCUAUUUGGAAAUGAACGAUGUUAAAAUCACAGAUGUCGCUGCAAUCUCCAGAGAUGAUGCUAAGAAUAAAUGACAACGCAACAAACAACAGUUUUGUUGUUAAUGAAACAACAGGUACAUCUUUAGAUGUGUUUUUAUUGGUGCUAAAAUCAACAGUCAUGACACUUAUCAUGUGCACAGCUGUAGCAGGGAACCUAUUAGUAAUUGGAAGUGUUGUUAAAUUCGAACGUCUUAGGUCACGUGUGACAAAUUACUUCAUCGUAUCUUUGGCCUUUGCUGAUAUUUUAGUUGCCGUGCUGGUGAUGCCUUUCAAUGCUAGUAUGGAAAUUAGUGAGAAAUGGAUAUUUGGGUCAUUCAUGUGUGACGUAUUUAAUUCGAAUGAUGUUUUAUUCAGCACAAGUUCUAUUUUGCAUAUAUGUUGCAUAAGUAUGGAUCGCUAUAUAGCAAUCAUGAAACCUUUAAAAUAUGAGAGAAAAAUGACAAAAUUCCGUGCUUUGUCAAUGAUUGCUGUUACAUGGAUAGCUUCGCUACUGAUUUCGUAUAUACCCAUUCAUUCUCAACUCUACACAACACAUAAAAAUGCACUUGUGUUGAAAAAUAACCCAAAUGCUUGCACUUUUGUUGUGAAUCGUUUAUAUGCUAUAAUAUCGUCCAGUGUUUCAUUUUGGAUACCAUGUACUAUAAUGGUAUUUGUUUACAUAAGGAUUUUUAUUGAAGCGCGGAAGCAAGAAAAGCAUAUCCGGUCAGCUAGUGUUUGCUCAAACAAGUCAAAUGCCUUAUAUCCAAAUAGAAGUUCUCGCGAUAUUUCUGACCGGAAGACAAUGAAAAGGGAGCAUAAAGCUGCAAAAACGCUUGGAAUAAUAAUGGGCGUUUUUAUUUUAUGCUUUUUUCCAUUUUUCUCAUGGUAUUUAAUUACAAGUAUGUGUAAAGACUUAUGUCCAUACCCACCAAUACUUGGAAAAAUUCUAUUUUGGAUAGGAUAUUCUAAUUCUUGCUUGAAUCCAAUUAUAUAUGCUUAUUAUAAUCGAGAAUUUAGACAAGCUUUCAAAAGACUGUUAAAAAUGAAGUCUCAAUUUGACUCAUAUAAUUUUAACCAUUGUUCUUCCGGUGAUACAAAAGAUACUGCUCACGUUCCUUUGGUGUAUCUUAAUGGCAACGGUGGACCAACUUCAGUGUAGGCAUUUCAUGUUAAAUUGUAAGAACAGAAUAUGGUCUAAAUACAAGCAAAAUUUAUGUGACAAAAGAAAGUCUACAUCUGUCAAUCAACUACUAGUAUUCUACUGUUGACAAUAUAUCUUUAAUUGUUAUGAAGUAAAAAUAUAUAACACGUUUUCGAACUAAAAUAAGAUAAAGUAAUAUAUAAGUUUUUUAAACGAUAUCCUAAAUUUCGACAUAUGACCAUUAUUAUUCAAAAGGCUAUCCAAUGUUCAAACAAUUUAUAUUACGAGAGAAAAAAACCAGCACUUGCUUAGCUCUUUUAGAUCAUAACAGUUGCAAUUGUUAUUCAUCAAGAACUACUUCAUAUUAUUUUUUAGUAUAGAUAUUCGGGAUGAUUCAACAAACUUCAUUCAAAAGUGGUAGAAAUUUCUACAAAUCCGUCAAUCGUUUUCCGACGAAAGACUGUACAAUUGAAUGAAUCUAAAAAAUCUCCAUCUUCUGUAUUCAGAUCAUAUUCUAGCUUUCUAUGUUCUGUUAUGAUUAAAACGAGUGUAUCAUAAGUCCAUUAUUGCUAAAAGUACAAUUUAUCUAAGUACGUUGUGAAUGUGUAUUUUUUCACAAAAAAGAAACAUGAAAUAUAGAUAUCUGUUUGUUGUUGUUUAUUAUGAAUUCAGUACAUGUCUGAUUAUUCCAUGAUAUGAUUAGGUGUUCAUGGCAUGACAAACUAACCAAGGUUGAUAAUGCCAAAC